AUGGCAUUAAUUUAGUGGGAGGGCUCAAAUGUGAAGGCUUGGAAGGAAGAAAAACCCUUCCAACAAACCCAAUCUACGAGAUUAAUAUAACGGUCCCUUUCCUUAUUUUCCUCUCUUCCCCUUGUCACUCUGACCAACCGUUUCUCUCUCUCGAGCAAAUCGAUUCUUAGAGGAAAAAAAGGACCAACUUUUUCAUAUGAAUUUUCUUCUUCACCAAGCUCCCUGAAUCUUCCGAAAAAAUGUGCUACAAUGGACCAGCGAAGGACGUUGACGAUGAAUUGGGACAAUGACCAUGAAGAAGACGAUGAUGAUAACUUUUUCGAGCCACGAGAUCGGUUUUCCUCCGUCGUGCCGGAAGAUUUGGCAUCUGACGACAACGACUUUGAUGAAGAACGCUUCUCGUUUUGCUCAGCUAUCUCCUCGGCCAACAACUCCUUCGAGGAGGCUGCCGCUGCCAAUGCCGCGAGACCUUGCUCUGUUCUCGCAGUUGAUUAUGAUUUGUGGUUGGCGGAGCCGGGGGACGUCAAGGAGCGCCGCCGCCGCCUCCUCCAAGGCAUGGGGCUUUUGAGCAACAAGAGCAUGCAAAAGAUCGCUAGCGCAAAGAAGUUGGGGAGGGAAAUUCCAAAAGAAGCUGAACCAGAAAAGGCAGAGGAUUCAAAACAGCCAAAAGAGUCUUCUUUUUCUCCCCGGAGAUUGGGCAUUGUUCUUGUCCGGUCAAGAUCCGCCGGUGAUAUAGGCUCCUUAUCUAUCGAUGCCAACAAGAGGAAAGAAGACUUGAUUGGGUCUGGCCCGUUGAUCCGAAACAGAUCAACGGCCAGAAAUGGGAUGCCCCCGCCUAUCCUUCUAGGAGGCGGGAACCUCAACCCAUUUUUCCUGAUAAAGGGGGGUAACGAGUUCGAUAACAACUUGGACAGAUUCUCCCCCGUUGCCGAGGAAGUGAUACACAGAGCAAGCGCGUCACCCGGCAACAACUAUGACCGAAAACUGCAUGUAAAUUCGUAUCUUACCAAGAGCGUUAGGUACAGUAAGAGGAGAGGGGUUGCCAUUCUGAGGAACAUAAAGGGAGUGGUGAUGAACGGGGAACAGAAGCCGAAGUCGAAGCCAAGCAAGCACUCAUCUCAAUGGAUCAAAGUCCGGCAGCACGGGAAGCCGUACAAGGAGUUCACGGGCUUACAUUUGUGUCAAGAAAUCCACGGCCACCAAGGCUCAAUUUGGAGCAUAAAGUUCAGUUCGGACGCGCAUUACUUAGCAAGCGCUGGAGAGGAUAGAGUGAUUCACGUGUGGGAAGUGCAAGAAUGCGAUGUCAUGGCCGGGGCCACGCCUGUACAUCCUGCAACGGUUGCAAGUCCCGCCGCUUGCGCGUCUCCCGUUCAUCCCAUGGCUUCCUGCAGCAAUUUGGAAUGCGGUUCGGUUGGAGCGAACAGUGAGAGAAAGAAUAAGAAGAAGAAGAAGAAGGGGAAAUCAAUUCCAGACUAUGUGAUUGUCCCGGAAACUGUGUUUGCUCUUUCGGAGAAACCAGUUUGCACUCUCAUUGGCCAUCAUGACGUUGUGUUGGACCUCUCUUGGUCAAGGUCUCAGCUCCUUCUUUCCUCUUCAAUGGACAAGACAGUGAGACUGUGGGAUGUGGAGAACCAGAGCUGCUUGAAAAUGUUUGCCCACAAUGACUAUGUAACAUCCAUCCAGUUCAACCCAGUGGAUGAUGACUAUUUCAUCAGUGGGUCACUGGAUUCAAAGGUUAGGAUUUGGAACAUAUCAGAGCGGAAAGUGGUGGACUGGACUGAUCAAAAAGAAAUGGUCACUGCUACUUGUUACACACCUGAUGGAAAGGGUGCCAUGAUAGGUUCGCACAGAGGAAGCUGCCGUUUUUACAGUACCACUGAUUGCAAACUGGAACAAAAAGAUCAGUUCGAUACACAAAACAAAAAAAAGUCCCAAAUAAAAAAGACUACAGGUUUUCAGUAUUCACAAUGGAAUUCCUCAGAGGUCCUCAUUUCCACAGCCGAUUCGAGCAUCCGAAUCCACGAUGGAUCAAGUUUCACUCACAAGUUUAAAGGUCACCUUUCACUUCCAUGACAGAAACAAACAUGCUCUUAAAUAUUACUCUCCCAAAUAAUAUAAUACUUUGUUUAGUUCUCUCCAUUAGUGUUCACAUUAUGACACUUUUAUGAUGACAAAACUUUGAUCAGCAUCAAUGACUUCCACUCAGGUUUUCGCAACACAAGUAGUCAAAUUUCAGCCUCAUACAGCCCAGAUGGGAGGUACGUGAUAAGCCCGAGCGAAGAUUCACAAGUGUAUAUAUGGAGGAGAGAAGAGUCUAAUAAUAAGAGCGGAGCUGGUGGGAAAGGCAAAAGGCUCACCAUCCAUGCUCAUGAGCAUUUUCCAUGUAAAGACGUUUCGGUGGCCAUUCCAUGGCCCGGCACCAUGAGCUAUGAACCACCAGUUGUGCAACUCCAUUCCAAAAGGCAUUCCAAGCGCUUCCUUCCACCGCCAUCGCCACUCCAGUACCCAUCCAUUGGAUCACCUAGCAACUGGGCCUUCAUUGGUUCUCCUUCAAAUGAAGAUGAGGGAUUGGUGAGCAAGAGGCAUUUGCCUCCACUGCCCAAGAGAAAUGACAACAAUGUGUCUCAUCAUGAGAGUAACAACCAUACUGACGCAGAGUUUUCUGGGAUGGAUGACCAUUACUCUAUCGGCUCGCCAUCACCGUUUUGGUCCUCCAGGCUUGAUGGCGGGGCCCACCACGACGGGAACACGACCAUCCAAGCAAUGGCGUGGGGGCUUGUAAUCGUGACAGCAAGUUUGGGAGGCCAGAUUAGGGUGUAUCAAAAUUUUGGAUUGCCUGUGAAAGCCACUCGGCAGACUAAUCUUUUUAGAGACCUCACAUGAAUGAAAUGAGCAUAUGAUCUGCAAGUUCCAUAUUUCCCCAUUUCAUUUCACCAGUAGAGGUAGCUCAAGACUAGUUGAUAGAUUGAUCUUUAAGGCAUGUUUGUGAAUUUUCUUGAUGAUAUUGUUUGUAAAUUGUAAAUCUUGAUUAAGGGGAGUGUAUUCAAUUAGAAGUCUGUAAGAUUUUUUUGGACUUUAAGAAGUCGGUGGAUUUAGAAAAUCCAUUGACUCUAUGCAGAGUUUGGAAGACUCUUUUAUUGAUUUACAUGGAAUUUUAUAUACUUGAAGAGAUUUGUUUAUUGAUUUAGAUGGAUUUCAUGUUUGUUCAACUUUAUUGUUCAUCCAUAUUGAAUCAAGCACAAAUAAAAUAAGCACUAUAGAAUUCAAGCACUGCAACUUUUUUUAAACAAGUAUGAACUCCAAACAAAGACAUGAGGGGCCUGGGCAGUGGUGGACCAAACCGAGGCAGAAAAAGAUAAUCCCACUUCAGGCCUUGAUUAAGCAUCCCAAGUCGCUCCUAAACCCCCAAAAAUUAGCCAUCAAACGUGCUGGAAACGAGGCCAAUUGCAAUUUUGAUGUUCGUCGAUGAACAGUAAAACUCGUAGUUUGAAGUUGUAGAUCUUCCAGAACAAUGAUAGGAAAGGAAUGUUGAUUGGGCAGGGACGUCGCUGGGGAUUUCUCUGGGAUUUCUUGUUUAAUUUUGGGACUCUAGGUCUGCAAUCGAGGGUGGGGAUGACCGGAGAAGAUGAAGAACCGUGCGAAUUCUUUCUACGUUUCUUGAUGAUAUUGUUUGUAAAUUGUAAAUCUUGAUUAAAUGUUUUAUUGUGUAGUUAGUUCUUUUUCGCGUCUAAUCUAUGCUAGUCACUUGUGAUUCUUGCCUCUAAUAUCUUAAUAUAUGUGAACAUAUUAUUCAAUUCUGUCACACUUCCCAAAACAAAUUAAAUGCCACGUUAUUUCAAUAAAUGGUGUUUCACGGG